CUACCGCCGCAAACAAAGUAGGGGGAGGAAUCCCAUUUAUUUUCAAAAAAAAACCAAACACGGGAGCUUGACGUUAGCUCUGUGUCCAAGUGCUUUUUGUGAAAGUAUUUCUGUUUCCCCGGCAAACUCGCAUCACGAACAUGGCUGCGCACUUCUUUCGCACUGCAUUUUACGCAACGGCGGCGAGAAAAUCGAUGAGCCUGCCCUUCGCCGCCGGCCGGACAGCCGCCACCUUAGCCGUGGGCCUUUCCUUUGGUGCGCAAAAUAGCCGCAGCACUGUGCCGUACGAGAAUGUCUACGCGGAUAGCUUCUUUGGUGGCUGCCAGUCGCCGGGAUUGCUGCAGCGUCCGAUGGGCGAUAUCCGUAAGAUCCAGGCACCGCUGAUCCGGAACUUCUCGAGCCUGAGCAACCAGCAGUUGCAGCAGCCGGUUCAAAAUAGCACCAUGGCCCCGUCGAAGAAUCGCCGGUAUAUAUCAUCUCAGGAUAUCACCAAGAAUAUGACCCUCUACACCAACAAUAAGACGCAUGUCGAGUUUGAUCCCAAGACGCUGGCCUUCAAGAAGCCCACCGGCAAUCCUCUGGUCCUGAUGAUGGCCUGGCUAAUGGCCAAGCAGAAGCACCUGAAGAAGUACGCCCAAAUCUACACGGAUAUGGGAUUCGAUGUCAUGGUGGUUCACAUUACACCGUGGCAACUCCUGUGGCCGGUCAAGGGAACCCAGGUGGUGGCCGCCGAGACUCUGCGUUUUUUGGAGAACAACAAGUCGUAUGAGCCGAUCGUGAUGCAUGGCUUCUCGGUGGGCGCCUACCAGUUGGGCGAGAUCAUGCUGCAAAUGUCGCGCGACAUGGAUCGCUAUGGCAGCAUCCUGGAUCGCUUUGUGUGCCAGGUGUGGGACAGUGCCGCCGACAUCACCGAGAUUCCCGUGGGCGUGCCCAAGUCGAUUUUCCCCAAGAAUGAACGCAUGCAGAGCGCCCUGCGCAACUACACGCUGUAUCACUUGAAGACAUUCCACAACCAGGCCACCAUCCAUUAUAUGCGCUCCAGCCAGAUGUUCCACUCCACCCUGCUCAAGGCCCCGGCGCUGUUCUUUGUGUCCGACAACGAUCCCAUCGGACCGCCGUCCUCCAAUCAGGCGGUGCGCGACAACUGGGAGCGGGCAGAUAUUAAGUGCACCUUCAAACGCUGGGAGCGAUCGCAGCAUGCCGCUCACUACAUUAAGCAUCGGGAUGAGUAUCUGGAGACAUUGUUCCAUCAUUUGGAUGUCUGCGGCGUCCUAGAGGCCAUCGGCGUGGACAAGCGCGCCAAAUUGUAAGCGGAGAAGGAGCCGCUCACGAAUUCGGUGAUAUACAUUUAUUCAAGAAUCAAUGCGAUUAUGAUUUUAUUCUAGCUGCUAAGACCUAAAAUUUAAAACAAGAAAACGAAUAUAAAAGCAAACCCAAUGUCCCAUUCGUAUAAUUAUGAUCUGUAUGGAAUUCCUAGACUAAGCUUAAUGUCGUAUUGCAUCAAAACAGAGAGAAACGAA